AUGGCUAGAGCCUCCCAACUUAAAACUCAUCAUCUGUUCACUCACCUCGUUCUUGACAACGCUCAACAGGGCCUUCAUCACGUGAUCCCGAGGAUGCCAGGAUUAGAAGAGGAAAAUUUCCAUAAUCUAGCGACCAACCUUUCGUCUCCGCCUUCUUCUCGCAGCAUGUCGGCAACAAGGCAUGCAGGAUAUCACUCUGGUGGUCGUCGCUCUACAGAGCUUGACGUCUUUAGUCCCAACGACGCGCCAGACAGGGCGUCUACGCUGCAGCCUGAAAGCGAAACGCCAACAUCACAAUAUCCUCGUGGGAUUCGAUUAAUUCUGAUCACUGUGGGUCUUGUGCUUAGCAUUUUCCUCUCAGCGCUUGAUUCGACUAUCAUCGCAACGGCCAUUCCCAGCAUUACGACGGAAUUUGGAAGCAUCAGCAACAUCGCAUGGUAUGGUAGUGCGUACAUCAUCACCAAUGCAGCGCUUCAGUCGUGUUGGGGGAAGGCCUACAACUACUUCCCUCUUAAGACCACUUUCCUGCUGUCCAUCUUGGUCUUUGAAGCUGGCAACGUCAUCUGUGCGCUGGCACCCAGCAGCGUAGUACUAAUCUUUGGUCGUGUUAUCGCUGGCUGUGGCGGUGGCGGGAUCAUGACUGGAGCCUUCAUUAUCAUUGCACUCACAGCUGGACCAGAGUAUCGUGCUGCGUACAUGGGUGUUCUGGGCGUAACGUUCGGUUGUGCAAGCGUUGUAGGGCCGCUCAUGGGAGGGGCACUGACUGAUGGCCCAGGCUGGAGGUUUUGCUUCUGGAUCAGCUUGCCAAUCGGAUUUGCAGCAGCUUCAACUAUGUUCAUCUGCUUCACAUCUCCUCUCCGCCCCAGAGAAGCCUCACUGCGAGAGAAACUUGUCCAACUCGACCUCAACGGUGGUGUGCUUGUAUCAACCUCUCUCUCGUGUUUUGUACUCGCCAUGCAUUGGCUAGGGAUACACUCGUCCAACAGCCCGCGUGUCAUAGGCAGCUUCAUUGGAUUUGCUUCGCUCCUCGUCUGCUUUGUCAUCAACGAGUGGAUGAUGGGUGAUAAAGCCAUGAUCCAGUCCCAUCUUCUAAAGAACAAGAUGGUGCUUGCGAACGCCUGCUACAUUUUCUUCUUGGCAGGGGCUUACUUCCCACUACUGUAUACAUUGCCUAUCCAGUUUCAGUCGGUCAACAACGUCACUGCCUCACAAAGCGGUGUUCGGUUGAUUCCACUUGUACUUGGCAUUUCUGCUUUUACGAUGAUCGCAAACGGCCUUCUCACGUUCUGGCGUCACUACAAACCCUUCCUUUUAGUCGGCGCUAUCUUUGCCAUCGCUGGUAAUGCAAGGAUUUACACAUCCAAUGCGAGCACACUCACGAGCGAGUGGGUGGGCUACGAGAUCCUCUCGGCUAUCGGUAUUGGCAUCGCACUUCAGAUCCCGAUGAUAUCCAACCAAGCCCUGGUCCCAGCAGACAAUAUGGCGGCUGUUACAUCGCUCACGUUGUUCAUGGAGAACUGUGGAACAGCACUCUUCGUUGCGUCGAGCGAAGCAGCUUUCACGAACGGACUGCUAUCAAGCCUAGCGCGCAACCUUCCAGAUGUUGAUUCAAAGAACGUACUGGACGCUGGUGCGACGCAGAUCAGAAGUUUGUUCGGGGGUAGAGAACUCGAACAGGUACUAGGAAGUUACCUAGACGGAUGCAAGACUAGUCACAUCAUCACAGUUGUUUGCGGUGCAACUGCUGGCUUGAUCUCCCUAUCGAACGCUGGCCCUGUAGCGGUUACCUGGGCGAGGCUGAGAAUUAGGAAAGCACAUGAACGAUGA